AUGACAACGAAAACUGCCCCCGACGGCACGCGCGUCCAGCUCUCCUCGGACGAGGUCCGCCAGGUCGCCGAUGUGUCGCGAUGGUUCGACAAUGAGAUCAAGAUCCCCAGCCAGGCACAGACCUUGCUGGAGCAUAUGCCGGCCUGGUGCCGGAUGAGAGACAGCGCGCCUUCGAAAAGUGGCCGUAUCCGUGUAUCGGCCACCUGCGCUUCCUCGAGCUCACCACAUCGACGCAUCCCGCAUACGCCGAAAUCCUGUCGCGUCUGCAGGCUGGCCAGACCUUUCUGGACGCUGGCUGCUGUUUCGGGCAGGACCUCCGCAAACUGCUCUUCGACGGCUCCCCGUCGUCCAGGGCUAUGUACGGAAUCGACGUCGAACCGGCCUUCUUCCAGCUGGGCUACGAGCUGUUCCGUGACGCCGACGCCCUCGAAGCCACUUUCCUCGAGGCCGACCUCAUCAAGCCCCAGUUCCUCUCCCCAGUCUGGAGCCGAUCCAAGGCCGGUUCGACAUCGUGAGCGCGCAGAGCCUCUUCCACCUGUUCCGUCUGGAGGACCAGAAAACCGUGGCCCGCCAUCUGGUCGGCCUGACGAAACCGGGGUCCGGGGCCAUGAUCGCCGGUCGUCAGGUGGGCGCGAUCCAGGCUCGCGAGGAGCCUGGACCGGUCCCGGGGACGGCGGUGUUUGUGCACAACCCCGAGAGCUGGACUCGCUUCUGGGAGGAGAUCGGAGACGAGACGGGCAGCCGCUGGGAGGUCCAGGCGUGGGAGGAGGAACCGCCGGAGCGUGUCAAGCGACAGGUGUGGACGAUCCUGCCAUCAUGUCUGACGGCCAUUAUCUCCACGUUUUGGACACGCGAACCCGCCAGACGUAUCAGCUGCCCAUCUACCGCAAUACCAUUCGCGGCUCUGAUCUCGCUCGAAUCCAAGCUCCCCCCGAGGAAUGCCAUGCGACCGAAUCCAUGUACAACCACACCGGACUCCGCCUCUUCGAUCCGGGCUUCGAGAAUGUCGCUGCUAUGGAGUCGAGCAUCACGUUCACAGACGGCCAUGCUAACCCGCCCGCUCUCGAGUACCGUGGCUAUACCUUCAGCGAACUGGGUCGAACGUGCGACUUCGAGGACAUGACCUAUCUGAUGAUCUGGGGUCAUAAGCCAUCCCCCGAGGAGAAACUGACCCUGCGACGCCGGCUGGGGCAAGCCUGCUUAAACGUGCCUCCGGUUGUGGUGAAUGUCAUCCAGUCUUUCCCCCGUUCUACCCCCUUCUACCCCAUGCUUCUCGCGGGCCUCGCAGCCUACAUAGGCGCCUAUCCUACUGCCAUCCCGGCUGUUGCCGGCCGGAAUUUGUAUCAGGGAAAGAUGGACUCUUCCGACGAAGCCAUCGUUCAGAGCCUGGCUGCAUAUGCCGUUGUGCUAGCCAUUGCUUACUGUCACCGACAGGAGCUCGAGUUCCAACCAGCGGACCCUGAGGCGCCGUUCUUGAAUAACAUCUUCCGAUUUCUGCAUCUCGGUGCCGACCCAGCGGUGAUCGCUUUCAUCGGCCACAUUUGGGUGCAGGGUUGCGACCACGAGAUGAACAACUCGGCAGCAGCGCUGCUGCACGCUGCUUCGGCGUUGGCGGACCCGCUGUCGUGUGUCAUGUCGGCCCUCACGUCGAGUUAUGGCCUCCGCCAUUUCGGGGCCGCUGACAGCAUAUACCGGGUGAUGAAAGACAUCGGCAGCCCGAAGAACGUGGCCACUUUCCUGGCCGCCGCGAAAGCCCGUGGUGAGCGCAUACCAGGAGUCGGUCACCGGGUCUACAAAAGUUCCAAAGACCCCCGAACGGAGCCGAUGAAGAAGCUCCUGCAAGGCCUGAAGGAGAAAGGUCUCGAGGACCCGCUGGUGGAGAUUGCCUACGAGAUUGAGCGCCAGGUUACCGUCGACCCGUAUUUUCUCGAGCGCCAUCUGCAUGUCAACAUUGACCUGUAUUGGCCGUUUGGCUACACCGCGCUGGGCAUUCCCUCAGACGCUGUCCUGCCCUUAUUUCUGGCGAGCCGGAUGGUGGGAUUGAUGGCCCACUGGCGUGAGGCCAUGAACCAGCAAAUGAAGAUGUGGCGCCCGCAGCAGCUAUUUGUCGGCGAACGUGCCCAGACCAAGGCCAGAGCAGCCGCAGCUGCAGCUGCCUCGAAUAGCACCGCUACGAAUGCGAUUACGCAGAGAGUACCAGAGGGAGACGAGCCCCAGCAUAACGAGAAGACCGACGGUCAUUACUCAGAAGAACAACCGGACCAGAAGAACCUGGACCAGAACGAGAACCAGGGAGGAUACGACUUUACUGGAAUCAAGACUGUCGCAUCGCAGUUACUGGAUCGGUAA